CUUGUUGAGGCAAGCAAGCAUAAGUGAACAUGGCAAAGUUAGCGAUCUUCUUCUUGGUGGCUGUGGCUUUUCAAGCCAGUUUCGCCGUACCAACCUUCUACGAAGAUAAUACUCUUCUUAAGUACGUAAGCGAAAUCCGCAACGAAGUACAAGACAUCACUUUGUACCUCGAAAAAGACUUCCCCGAAGAUCGCUUGGCUCUUAAAACCGUCACUUGGCAAUGUCACAAACUUGUUGAAGCUAUCCAAGUAAUCAUCAACAAGCUCCACGAAGAAACCUUCACCUACCAAAGUGAAGGAGUUGGCAUCUUCAGAGAAGUCGUCUCCCUUUUGAAGGAAGUGCGUGACUCGCUCAAACAAAUCACCCUCUACAAUGAAAUCACCAACAUCCACGAAGUUAAGAAGAACUUCAUCGUCUCCAUCAACCUGGUUCUUGAGCGUUUCGAAAAAUUGGUGCAACUCACCUACAAACUCUACCCUGAAUUCCAAUACACUUUGAAAUACCUUUUCGUCGACUUCUUGACUACCAUCCGCGGAAUCCGUUCCCACUUUAUCCACAUCAACGAAGGUUUGGAAGUUGUCAAAGCUCCACGCGUGUUGAUCAAGGAAAUCCACGAAUACACCAACGAAGUUACCCAGCUUCUCCAGGAAGUUGUCCACCCAACCCAAAUUAAGGUAGCCCUCCGCGAAUACCUCAUCGCCGUCAACGAAAUCGUCCGCAAGUUGCAAGAAGAGACCGUCAUCGGACACAAAGAACUCGAUCUUGUCUUACAUCAACUCACCAACAAACUUCGUGAAAUCGUUUAUCCCGUCAUGGAAAUCAUGGCCGAAAACACCGUUGAUGUGAAAGUCUUCAGAACCCAAAUCAUCAGCAACUUGCGCGAAGUUGUUGCCAUCUUCGAGCAGUUGGUACAACUCUGCGAAGAUAAAGUCUUGCCCGUAGAAAUCAAAACUCUUCUUGUCAGAGUCAUCUACCAAUACUUCUACGCCGUCAAGCACGUUAUCCAAGAAACCAGAUUCGGUAACAAGAUCGGUUUCUACACUCCCAAGUACUACUCCACCGAAUACUAUGGCAAGCACGGAUACGGACUCUACGAAAAGGAAUUCCACAACCGCUUCUACACCCCAUACAAAUACGAAUCCAACUACGAAAUUCCCUUCGAAUACAAAAACAUCGAAAAGAACUACUACAACCCGUACAGAUACGAAACUCUUUUCCCAAUCCGUAAAUUCGAAGCAGAAUCUAUGUAUGGUAAGUCUCUGGAAUGGAACAAGUACGAAUCCAAUGUUGCCGUUCCAUCUUUCAACGAAGGCAAUACUCUCUUCAAAUACUUGAACCAAAUCCGCUCCGAAGUACAAGACAUCACUUUGUAUCUCGAAAAAGAUUUCCCAGAAGACCGCUUGGCUCUUAAAACCGUCACCUGGCAAUCGCACAAACUUGUUGAAGCUAUCGAGGUCAUCAUCAACAAACUCCACGAAGAAACCUUCACCUAUCAAACUGAGAUCUUCAGAGAGGUCGUCUCCCUUUUGAAGGAAGUACGUGACUCCCUCAAGCAAUUCACCGUCUACAACGAAAUCACCAACAUCCACGAAAUUAAGAAGAACUUCAUCGUCUCCAUCAACGUCGUUCUUGAGCGUUUCGAAAAAUUGGUAAACAUCACCUACAAACUCUACCCUGAAUUCCAAUACACUUUAAAGUACCUUUUCGUCGACUUCGUCAACACCCUUCACGGAAUCCGUUCUCACUUUAUCCACAUCAACGAAGGCUUAGAAGUUGUCCAAACCCCACGUGUUUUGAUCAAGCAAAUCCACGACUAUACCAACGAACUUACCCAACUUCUUCAAGAAUUCGUCCACCCAACCCAAAUUAAGGUCGCCCUCCGCGAAUACCUCAUCGUCGUCAACGAAAUCGUCCGCAAGUUGCAAGAAGAGACCGUCUUGGGACACAAAGAACUCGACCUUGUCUUACAUCAGCUCACCAACAAACUUCGUGAAAUUGUGUACCCCAUCAUGGAAAUCAUGACCGAAAACACCGUUGACGUGAAAGUCUUCAGAACCAAGAUCAUCACCAACUUGCGCGAAGUUGUUGCCAUCUUCGAGCAAUUGGUACAGCUCUGCGAAGACAAAGUCUUGCCCGUAGAAAUCAAAACUCUUCUUGUCAGAGUCAUCUACCAAUACUUCUACGCCGUCAAGCACGUUAUCCAAGAAACCAGAUUCGGUAACAAGAUCGGUUUCUACACUCCCAAGUACUACAGUACCGAAUAUUAUGGCAAGCACGGAUACGGACUCUACGAAAAGGAAUUCCACAACCGCUUCUACACCCCAUACAAAUACGAAUCCAACUACGAAAUUCCCUUCGAAUACAAAAAUAUCGAAAAGAACUACUACAACCCGUACAGAUAUGAAACUCUUUUCCCAAUCCGUAAAUUCGAAGCAGAAUCUAUCUAUGGUAAGGCUUUGGAAUGGAACAAGUACGAAUCCAAUGUUGCCGUUCCAUCUUUCAACGAAGGCAAUACUCUCUUCAAGUACUUGAACCAAAUCCGCUCCGAAGUACAAGACAUCACUUUGUAUCUCGAAAAAGAUUUCCCAGAAGACCGCUUGGCUCUUAAAACCGUCACCUGGCAAUCGCACAAACUUGUUGAAGCUAUCGAGAUCAUCAUCAACAAACUCCACGAAGAAACCAUCACCUAUCAAACUGAGAUCUUCAGAGAAGUCGUCUCCCUUUUGAAGGAAGUACGUGACUCCCUCAAGCAAUUCACCGUCUACAACGAAAUCACCAACAUCCACGAAAUUAAGAAGAACUUCAUCGUCUCCAUCAACGUCGUUCUUGAGCGUUUCGAAAAAUUGGUAAACAUCACCUACAAACUCUACCCUGAAUUCCAAUACACUUUGAAGUACCUUUUCGUCGACUUCGUCAACACCCUUCACGGAAUCCGCUCUCACUUUAUUCACAUCAACCAAGGCUUAGAAGUUGUCCAAACCCCACGUGUUUUGAUCAAGCAAAUCCACGACUACACCAACGAACUUACCCAACUUCUUCAAGAAUUCGUCCACCCAACCCAAAUUAAGGUCGCCCUCCGUGAAUACCUCAUCGUCGUCAACGAAAUCGUCCGCAAAUUGCAAGAAGAGACCGUCUUGGGACACAAAGAACUCGACCUUGUCUUACAUCAGCUCACCAACAAACUUCGUGAAAUUGUGUACCCCAUCAUGGAAAUCAUGACCGAAAACACCGUUGACGUGAAAGUCUUCAGAACCAAGAUCAUCACCAACUUGCGCGAAGUUGUUGCCAUCUUCGAGCAGUUGGUACAGCUCUGCGAAGACAAAGUCUUGCCCGUAGAAAUCAGAACUCUUCUUGUCAGAGUCAUCUACCACUACUUCUACGCCGUCAAGCACGUUAUCGAAGAAACCAGAUUCGGUAACAAGAUCGGUUUCUACACUCCCAACUACUACUCCACCGAAUACUAUGGCAAGCACGGAUACGGACUCUACGAAAAGGAAUUCCACAACCGCUUCUACACCCCAUACCAAUACGAAACCAAAUACUACAACAUUCCCUUCGAAUACAAGAACAUUGAAAACAACUACUACAACCCAUACAGUUACGAAACUCUUUUCCCCGUUCACCAGAACCAAAUCGAGUCUUUCUAUGGCAAAAACCUCCAGUGGAACAAAUAUGAAUCCCCCAAGGAUUUAGUCUUAACCGUCCAAAUGCUUGUCACACGCAUCUUCAACCGUUUCGAACACAAUACCUGGGAAGUUACCGAUGUCAACACCGUUCUCCUCCACAACAUCCGUGAGUUCAUCAACGUCCUCGACAACAUCUCGGAGAAAUUCGAAAACAAAAUGACCUUCGAACGUUCCCUUCACACCGAAAAGUACGUAGAAGAAUUCAUCUACAGAAUCAAGGAAAUCAAAAGAGAACUCCAACAAACCAUCAGCAACGAAGUUUUCACCAACUUGCCUGAACUCAAGAUCCGCUUCCUCCGUUACAUUGAAGUUGUUGCUGCCGAAUUUUGCAAAUUGAUCGAGAACCAAGAAGUAUACGGCCUUGACAGUUUCUUGGUCAAGGAUAUCUUCAACAAAUUCAUCUCCUUCUUGAACAAGGUCAGCUACGGACGCAGCUACGUCUCAGAGCAGUACCCAAUCAAGGAAUUCAACGGUUUCUCCUCCAAGUAUUACAAGGACAACACCAUCGUCCCAUACAAUUACAACAGCUACUCCCACGUGCUUCCCUUCUUUAAGAAUGGAUUGUUCAACUCCAACACUCAAAGAUUCGCCCCAACUUUUUACAACCGAUUGUACUAAAAUGUAGCUUGCUAUGA